UUCAAAGCGUUGCCCACCGCCGCUCGCUGCAUCAGCGGGCUCCAAAACUCGCCGCCUCCGCUCCAGCGCCAACACGCUCCACACCGAAUCUCUCUCUCUCUCUCUCUCUCUUAUCCCGCUCUCCUCGAGCGGCGGCGAGGCAGAAAAAAUUGCAAAUCACAAAACCCCCAAAAUUUUCAAAAGUCCUCGGAUCCCCGCACCACCACGCCGAAAUCUCUCCCCGUCCGGGAGGGAGCCCGAAUCGGAGCGACGCCGCACUUGCGGGGGGCUUCUCCUUCGCGGGCCCGCGCCGCCGUUCGCGGGAGCCGUGGGGGGCGGUGAAUGCCUCAGCCUGACGUCGGCGUUGCCGCUCUCGGUGUCGGUGGUCGAGGCCUGCACCGCGACGGGCUCAACGGGCGGGCUGACCUGCGGGUGCUGUCCGGGAAGAUGACGCCGCCGCCGCCGCCGCCGGUGGAGAAGCAGCAGCAGGCGCGGUCAGCGGCGGCGGCGGCGGCGCCGGACCGGGGCCCGGACCAAACCCUAGAGUUCUCGGACGGGCUCCUCCUCCGCGUCCUCGCCUGCCUCCCGGAGCCCCACCUCACGGGCGCCGCGUCGCUGGUCUGCAAGAGGUGGAUGCGCCUCGCGGGGCGCCUGCGCCGCCGCCUCGUCGUCAGGGACUGGGCGUUUGUGACGCACCGCCUGCACUACCGCUUCCCGGAACUGGCGGACCUCGACCUGUUCCCGGCAUCCAUUGUCGCUCCGGCCGUGCCGUCCCAAACGUCCCCUCUACUCACCUGCGCCGAGGUGUCGCUAACCCUAGACACCAGCGCGGACCCGCCGCUUGGGGCCUGCCGUUUCCUCGCCGAUGACGUGCUCGACCGGGGCCUAGUUGCCGUCGCCGCUAGUUUCCCCAACCUCCGCCGCCUCUCAGCCACAGCUGCCUCUGAGUCCGGGGGUCUGAUGGAUAUCGCCGGUGGCUGUGCAACGUUGCAAGAGCUCGAGCUACACCGAUGCACCGACCUCGCCCUCCGCCCGGUCUCCGCCUUUGCGCACCUUCAGAUCCUCCGCCUUGUCGCUGCCUCAUCCGCUUUAUAUGGAACCAGUGAAGAUGGUGGGGUUACCGACAUUGGCCUCACCAUCCUUGCCCAUGGCUGCAAGAGAUUAGUGAAGCUGGAGCUUGUUAGUUGUGAGGGAAGCUAUGAUGGCAUCGCGGCUGUUGGGCGGUGCUGUGCGAUGCUUGAAGAGCUCACCAUUGCCAACCACAGGAUGGACAGUGGGUGGCUUGCUGCACUCGCUUUCUGCGGCAACCUCAAAACCCUUCGGUUGCAAGGGUGCUGCAAGAUUGAUGACGAUCCUGGGCCUGCAGAGCAUCUUGGUGCUUGCCUCACACUCGAGAGCCUGCAGCUUCAGCAGUGCCAUCUGCGUGACCGACGCGCCCUCCAUGCUCUCUUUUUGGUUUGUGAGGGUGCCCGCGAGCUAUUGGUCCAGAAUUGUUGGGGGCUUGAAGAUGACAUGUUUGCCUUGGCUGGGCUGUGCAGGAGAGUAAAGUUCCUCUCCUUAGAAGGUUGCUCCCAACUGACAACUCGAGGUCUAGAAUCAGUGAUGACCUCAUGGAGUGAUCUGCAGAGCUUAAAAGUUGUCUCAUGCAAUAAAAUCAAAGAUGAGGAAAUCAACCCAGCCCUCUCAGAGCUUUUCUCCAGUUUCAAAGAGCUGAAGUGGAGGCCCGACAACAAGUCCCGUCUCGCUGCAAGCCUCGCUGGCACCGGAAUGGGAAAGAAAGGAAGGGUGCUUUGCAAAAGGAUCUUACCAGGCCAUCAACGAGUCAAAGGAGCGAUGCUGAACUAUUCAACAGGUGUUGCUGCUUAGUAGGAUUUAUGCAAAUUCUUCGAAU